CGGAUCACAAAGGAUUCACUUCUCAGCCUUGUUUGGGUCUGUGCUUACACGAACUGCCUGGAACGAAGAUCCGAUUGGGCUCCUCUCACAUUCUUCAGCUGUGUUCUUUAGUGUUUCUACAAGCGCUUGCCCAGUCUUCAGCUGUCCAGCCAAAGCUGACAGCCACCAACACCCAACUUGAAAUCCCAGUGGUCCUCGACUUGCUUUCCCAAACCCUAGCAUGCGGCUUCCUCUUUGUUCUUGCUCUGGCUAUUGAGGUGCUUGCUGUCUUUGACUCUUGAUUUCUUUGUUCGUUUCUGUUUCGAGGUGGCCAACACUCCAAACAUCCCUCGUGAUGGCAAGCGCCGUGAAAGGUCCUCUGGGACGAUUCCGAAAACACGAUUCUCCCUCGCCGCUUCAUGAGCGAUGGGGUGACGUGAGAAUCACCGUUCCGACUGAGGGGUCCUGGAAUCAAUACGAGAAUCCUCGCCAGUCCUCGCUCCGAAAAGGGUCCUGCAGCACGGGUUUCGUGCCUUCCGCCAUGAGUCGCGGCCACGACGAUGAGACGGCCCCGUUGACAGAAUAUGACCAUCGAACUGCCAGGCCCAGCUCAUUGUCCAUCAAAGCUCUGAACCCGCGCCGACUAUCUGUGCGGCUCAAUCCUCGAUCCAAGACCUCGAUCGACUAUCCCCAGGAGAAAGACCAACAGCCCACCACCAAAGCGGAACGCAGACGGUCUCAGUUCGCCUAUAGACCCAUUCAGCAAGACUACCCCACCGAAAUCGCUGAAAAGACAGCAUUCCCAGAGCCCCGUUCUCCACGAUUCAAAUACAUACCCGCUGGCGCUCAAUUUGCAGAAGAGCUUAGAGCGAUUUCACCAGAGCUUCAUUCCAGCCGCCGUGCGAGCUCCUACAUCCCUUACGAUGAAGGCUCUCUGGAACGGCGUGCGCGAGCUCGGACCCGUUUUGACCAGCUCGAGGAUGCAUUCGGAGACCAAGUGUUUGAGGGGGGGCACCAUCACUCUAGACAAUCGCGAUCUUUAGCCUCCCCGCGCCGAAGCGAGGCGAGCGGUAGCCGACGCGCCAGCGCUUCAGUGGAGAGGGGUCUCAGGCUCUCGACGUUUGACAAAAGAGCUACUCGGCUGGGGAGGUACAUGACCACGGCCAUGGUACCUGAGCCAGACCAGCUAUACGAAUGACUUCAACAACGAGACAUGAGCAUCGACGUUCGAUAAUGCCCGUGACGGCCUACGGAACCAGACCGAUUAAAAUCUUGCAUAGCAUUGCUCUUGGCAUGGCGUUUGGUGGCUGAAUGGCUUUUUUUGAAAGUUCUGGUAGAAGCCGGUAACUUAGUUACUUAAGUACUCACUGU